GGUAUGACCCACUGUCAUGGCUCCCUGACCAAGUGGACGUUAGGGAUCAAACUGUUGGAGAAAUAUAACAUUUAUUCACAUACUUGAGCAGAAAUUUGUGUUUUUAACGACUCCGUAUUUGUUUUGCUUGGACAAUUCGCCAUGGCGGGGACCAGCACGGCUCAGAAGACCUGGGAGCUAUCCAACAGCAUGCAGGAAGUUCAAAGCAUAGACGAAAUCUACAAAUACGACAAAAAGCAACAACAAGAAAUCCUCGCAGCGAAGCCAUGGACAAAGGAUCAUCACUACUUCAAGUACUGCAAGAUCUCCGCCUUGGCCCUGUUGAAGAUGGUGAUGCAUGCGAGGUCCGGGGGGAACCUGGAGGUGAUGGGCCUCAUGCUGGGGAAGGUGGACGGUGAAACCAUGAUCAUCAUGGACAGCUUCGCCCUGCCCGUGGAGGGCACCGAGACCCGAGUCAACGCCCAGGCGGCAGCAUACGAGUACAUGGCGGCCUACAUCGAAAACGCCAAGCAGGUUGGCCGGCUGGAGAAUGCGAUCGGCUGGUACCACAGUCACCCCGGCUAUGGCUGCUGGCUGUCUGGCAUAGAUGUCAGCACCCAGAUGCUCAACCAGCAGUUCCAGGAGCCUUUUGUGGCCGUUGUGAUUGACCCCACUCGGACGAUUUCCGCAGGGAAAGUCAACCUCGGCGCCUUCAGGACCUACCCAAAGGGUUACAAACCUCCUGAUGAGGGACCCUCAGAGUACCAAACAAUCCCCCUGAACAAGAUUGAAGACUUUGGUGUUCACUGUAAACAGUAUUACGCCUUGGAGGUAACUUACUUUAAGUCCUCUCUUGAUCGAAAGCUCCUGGAACUCCUUUGGAACAAAUAUUGGGUCAAUACCUUAAGUUCCUCAAGUCUCCUCACGAACUCGGACUACACCACUGGCCAGGUGUUUGACCUGUCGGAGAAGCUGGAGCAGUCGGAGGCCCAGCUGGGCCGAGGCAGCUUCAUGCUCGGGUUGGACACGCACGACAGGAAGUCUGAGGACAAACUGGCCAAAGCAACACGAGAUAGCUGCAAGACAACCAUAGAGGCAAUUCAUGGCCUGAUGUCUCAGGUCAUUAAGGACAAGCUCUUCAAUCAAAUCAACACGUCUGGCAAUUGAACCUGAACUACGUGCUGAUUUGGAUUUAACCUGGAAGUGUUUUCUUGUGCGUGUCCAGCACUUAUUGGUGUAUUGCUUAUGUUUAACUUCUAAGGGGAGAAUCUUGGGGUUGCUUUUUUUUUUAAAGUUAAAUUUCUUAUUUUGUCCUAGAAACAGUUUGGGGUUAUAGUCAAAAAUAAAAAAUAGCAUCUGC